UAUACGUUCGCCGGCUGUUUAGCAGUUCGGAUUGAAGAGCCAGGCCAAUUGACCGCCAUGUCGAAGUCAAUUAAAUUAUAUUACGAUCUGUUGUCCCCGAUCGCCCGGGGACUAUGGUUAGCUUUAAAAUUGGGCAACGCUCAAAUUGAAUAUUGUCCCAUUGCCCUGCGUAAAUUCGAGCAAUUGACCGACGAGUACAAGAAGAUCAAUCGUUUCCAGAAGGUGCCCGCCAUAGUGGAUGGAGACUUCCAUUUGUCCGAAACUAUAGCCAUCAUACGAUAUCUCGCCGACAAAGGUCAGUUCGACGAAAAGCUUUACCCGAAGGCAGUGGAGGAUCGGGCCCGAGUGGAUGAAUUCCUGGAGUGGCAGCACCUGAAUAUCCGUUUGGCCUGCUCCUUGUACUUUCGAGAUGCCUGGCUGUUUCCCAUGAAUGGAAUAGCACCCAAACCCAAGCCGGAACAGAUUCGAACGCUGAUUGAGGGAGUGGAGACCAAUCUGGGUCUCCUGGAGCUUCUGUGGCUAGACAAGGACUUUUUGGUGGGAGAGCACUUAACAGUGGCUGAUAUCCUCGGUUCUUCGGAAAUCAAUCAACUUAGGCUCUGCCAGUACCAAGUGGAUGAGAAAAAGUUCCCGAAGGUGGCCAAAUGGUUGGAACGUGUCAGGGAAGCCAGUAAUCCCUACCAUGACGAGGGACUUAAGUUUAUCAACCAAAAAGCAAAGCAGGCAGCCAAGUUGUGAUGACUGAAAUACUUUCCACCCAAAUGCCCACUGCCAAUUAUUCAAAUUUAACUUGUUUUUAGUUCUUUAGUUCCGAUUAGUCUGCAUUUGUACAACGAUUAAAAAUUACUAUUUUCU